GACGGUCUCUUAUCCCAUUUUAUUAGUAAAUUUAUUAUAUUUUAGAAUUACUUUUCUAGAAAAAUGGGACAAAUAUCUCCUUACUAAACAAAGGUAAAAUCAAUUUCGUCGCUAUUUUCAUGUGUACUUGUAUAUAAUGAAAUAUUCAACAUUCUAUGGCCAAAUUACCAUUUGCAUGUAUGCAUGUCGUAUUCCCGACUGACCGAGCGACAUGUUUCCCACCCCCACCACAGUCGACCCAAUUGUAAUGCAACAGCGUACUUCGUCCGGCGCACGGGCAUUGCGCCGUCGGCCUCCGUGCCUUUCGUCCAUCUGCCGCGCCAUGGUCUGUGACGACGGCUUGCAUGCCUCAUCGCCUCCAGUGCCCCGCAAAUCGCUUCGCAGACUUGCCUCCACACGAGGUUUCAAACCGCGCUCCGACUUCACCUGGAUACGUGUUUUCGACGGUCUCGAACCCUUUUCAGUCGAUGCCUCCAGUAAACUGAUAAAAGUUUCCCCCAACACUACAGUCGAAGAUGUCAACAAGAAGCUCGGUUUCAAUGAAGAGUUGACGUUGUGGUUACAAAUUGGCGGGGAAAAUUCUCGACGGUUGGAAUUAACGGAAUUUCCAUUACGGAUUCAAGAGCAAUUUCUAGCGAAAAGUGGUUGGACGUCUGAGGCAAGACGAUUGAGGCUUGCAGUAGAUCCGGAAUUACGUCAUUCUCUACGAUGGUGUGCGGGUCCAGCCAGCCGGUCCGGUGGAGUUCUUCGUUCAGGCACGGUUUAUGUGCUGAAAGGACACGUAUUUCCACAAUGGAAACCGAGGGUUGCUCACAUCAUUGGGUCGCAGCUUCACACAUUAGGUGUAUCAUGGGAUUCGCUAGAGCUGAGUGGAGGUAGCAUCGAGCUCUGUCAACCAAAGGCACAGAGGCUGGUUCUUUGCGUGAAACCACGAUGUUCAGGCAAUAGUUUACUAGACUCUGGUCUGAAUCAUCUCUUUCUUGGAUUCAAUACAAUCUGGGAGCGAAAUAUGUGGUUUUGCUGGUUAAAAGAGGGUACGCAAAGUUCACAACCGCCAAACGUCUUGGAUCUAAGUGGAGGCGGUCGUUCCUGCCUGCCUACAGCCCUUGCGCAGCAUGCAUCCGACGGCUUUGCGGUACGGGUUCUGCGCAUGCGCGGCAACGCUCUACCCGCGCUGCCACCGCAAACGAGCACCCUGCAAUCCCUUACACAUCUAGAUAUUACAGACAAUAAGAUCACUGAACUGCCUAAAGAAUUAUGUCAGCUGACACAAUUAGAGGAGAUUAAUAUAAGCGACAACGAAAUAUCAUCACUCGAUUGCGUUUUGCGUCUGCCUCGACUGCGCACGCUCGUAGCUGCCCGGAAUUUAAUAAGGCAUUUUGGAUCCAAUAACCCUAAGCAAAUGGGUCCAAAUGAAGAUAAUAAAUGCGAUUACAGGCCGCCACUAACAAACGUUGACCUCCGUCACAAUAGAUUGAAAGGAAGCAUUAUCCUUGGUAAUUAUGAACAUUUGGUAUCAUUGGAUGUUUCAUACAACGCUGUCGAAGUGUUAGUGCUGUCAGCGUUACGUGGCCUGCGAGAAUUGUAUGCUGCACACAAUGUCAUUCAACAUUUGGCUUUGCACGGCGCUUCACUACGAAUUUUACACGCCCCAUAUAAUCAAAUGGAUAGUUUGACAACGAUGGUUCCGCCAAUCAACUUGGUGGAGAUCGACGUAUCAUAUAACAAAUUGUCAUCGCUGCCACAAUGGCUAAGUGGUUGUUCAGACUUGACAAAAUUAUACGCAAGUAAUAAUCAAUUAACAUCACUCCCGGAACAUUUAUUUUGCAGCGAACUCUCUAGUCUAAGUCAUCUACAUUUAGCUCAUAAUAAAAUAAUAAAUUUCCCAUCAAUGCCCCGUCUGAGAUCUCCUUUAAAAGAACUGCUUUUACACGAUAAUUGUAUUCAAUCGCUCCCAGAAAAUUUCUUCUCAAUAUGCGAUAGAUUAUGUAUAUUGAAUCUGUCAAACAAUAGACUAAGUCGUCUACCGCGUGUCCGGGGAGCAUCACCGCACUGCUUGGAGCGUCUUUAUUUAACGGCAAACUGUUUGACAGAUGAUGUAAUAGAUGUUAUCAUAACAUUUCGUGGCCUCAAGAUACUCCACAUUGCUUAUAAUUGUUUAACAAGUCUACCUGAAAGCUGUUUUAAUUUUUGGCCAGACAUUGAGGAGUUGAUUCUGUCCGGAAAUUCUCUCACGAAGCUACCUGACAAUUUGCCCCAGUUAAAUAAUAUCAGAGUUAUACGCGCUCAUUCUAAUAGAUUACGCUCUGUUCCUAUGUUUGCAUGCAGUGCUUCAAUAAAAAUACUUGAUAUUGCUCACAACGAAUUAGAUAAAAUAGAUCUUAAGCUUUUAGCACCAAAACAAUUGAAAUUUCUGGAUAUAUCUUGCAACAAAAAAUUACAAAUGGACCCGUCGCAAUUUAAUGCAUACAAAUGCCAACGUCCAUUAAGUCUUGUCGACGUCUCAGGACAGAAUACCGUUUCCAUGUCUCAAAAACAUAAUUUCCAUGAAGAGUUAAACGGAGCAACCCCUUGGGUUGUUGGAUUUUCAGAAUGUCCAACCAAACAACUGCAGUUAACAUGUGCACAAAUUCGUCUUCCAUCAUUCUGCAAUAAAGAAGGAUUGUUUGCUAUAAUUGAUGGUGAAACCGGUGUUGAGGUGCCUAAGAUUUUGCAAACGAGUUUACCUGGACUUGUACUUGAAGAAAAGUCAAUUAAAGAAACCGUAAAUGAAUAUAUGAAAUAUGUUGUUUUAUCAGCUCACAGGGAACUUAAGGAAAAAGGCCAAAGAAAUGGUGCUUGUCUUAUACUAUGUCACUUAUCUCCAAUAAAUGCAACCGAAAAUAGCUUUGGUCAGACAACUAAAAAAUAUAAUAUGAGAUUAGCCAAUGUUGGUGAUACAAGAGCCGUGUUAAGUCGUCGAAGUGGCCCGUUAUGUUUAGGAGUAGGAAAUAAUAAACGCUUAGGUUAUUCUUCUCGAUAUCCAAACACAGUCCCAGACCCAGAUGUCAUACACACUGUUAUUAAAGAAGAUGACGAAUUUUUAAUAUUAGGGAAUGGCAAGUUUUGGAAAUAUAUAACCACAGACGCUGCCGUAUCUGAAGUAAGAGCCGAAAGAAAUCCAGUUCUAGCAGCAAAACGAUUACAAGACUUAGCUCAAAGCUACGGAACUGAAGACUGUAUAUCGGUCGUAAUUAUUCGAUUUGAUACAGCACGAUCUGAUGUCGAUUUGCUAAUGCGAGAAUUGCGAAAUACCAUCAACACAAAUAAAUCCGUGUGUCGAGCUGAUUGUUGUUGUUCUCGACUAGAACCAUGUUGCCAUUCUAUAAGCCCGCCCAAAUCUGGCAGCGAAAGAUCUUCUCCCAGUGGACAAAGUGAUCGUCCCUCUAAUGAGUCAGUGAGCCAUCAACACUAUGCUAGCGUAAGGUCACAUAUAAGAGCGUCAGAGAGGAGGCCUCGUGGUGGAGUUGCCAGAGCAAUUAGAGUAAGAGUUGAAGAAGAUAAAGAAGAUCAACGAAAAAAUGAAGAUAUACCAUCAUCAGACGAGCAAUUUAAAUGUUGGGAGUACAUGUUAGAGCAAAAUACUCAAAUGUUAUUUGAUAAGGAACUGGAUAAUUUGUCAAAAGGUAUUAAAACUACUGGUAACAGCUUGAGGAACAUUAAAGGGCUGUCGGGAAGUAGCCCUCAGCUACAUUUAACAGGAAAGCAGCCCAAAGUUCCAUUUUUGUCAAAACAUUUUGGCAGCGCGAGAUCUUUUGGUAACACACUGAAACCAGAAUUAAGAUAUGGCUCAGGUAGAGUGCCAAAUGGUGGACCAAAUGCUGCCUACUUUGGUUCCCUGCAAAGACUUAUGCCGUACCACUUAGAAUACGAUUUUGCUGUAAUUCAAGAAAAAACAGCUCAAUCCCAAGAAUCGUUAGACCUCGAAGGCCGCAUGCAACAAUAUUGGGGAGUGGCUACAACGGAACUAUAAUUUAA